AUGCCGGGAAUUCUUAUCCUUGAUAAAUAUGGUGAAAUGGAGUCUGAAUUCCCCCUUUGCCCCACCAAACAGCUGCUCUUGUGCAGUCUGUGCUGCCUGGGUGGGCCAGCGCUGUCUUUAGGAGCAACAGGCUGGCGCCAAAUUGAAUGCAAGAUGAUGAUGACAUUAAUGUGCUCUGCCAAACUCAAUGAGAAAGGAAGAACCUGCUACACCUGGGGCAAGGACCAGUCUGCUGUAAUAUUAUACGAUUUCUCAAAAAUCCUUCAUGUGAAGGCAAACAAAAGCAGCGAGCAGCUGUGCGUUUGCUCUCCAGUCACGGUCGUGUGCGUCCGUCAUGCAUUAAAUAAGUCAAAUUACAUGGUGAUUGAAGAUAAUAAAGAGAAUGAAGACCAUGCGUCUGAAAGAGGAAGAACGGCCAUCAUUUUUUCCUUGAAGAAUGAAGUUGGAGGACUUGUAAAAGCAUUAAAACUCUUUCAGGAGAAGCAUGUAAAUCUGGUACACAUUGAGUCACGGAAGUCCAAGAGACGAAAUUCUGAGUUUGAGAUCUUUGUGGACUGUGACAGUAACAGGGAACAACUGAAUGAGAUCUUCCAGCUCCUGAAAUCCCACGUCAGCGUUGUCUCUAUGAACCCAACAGAACAUUUCAAUGUCCAGGAAGAUGACAUGGAGAAUGUUCCCUGGUUUCCAAAGAAGAUCUCAGAUUUGGAUAAGUGUGCAAACCGAGUGCUGAUGUACGGGUCCGACUUGGAUGCUGACCAUCCAGGUUUCAAAGACAAUGUCUACCGCAAGAGGCGAAAGUAUUUUGCAGACCUGGCUAUGAACUACAAACAUGGUGACCCAAUUCCCAAGAUUGAAUUCACCGAGGAGGAGAUCAAGACUUGGGGGACUGUGUACCGAGAGCUUAACAAGCUUUACCCAACUCAUGCCUGCAGAGAGUACCUUAAAAACUUACCCUUGCUCACCAAAUACUGUGGAUACAGGGAAGACAAUAUCCCCCAGCUGGAAGAUGUGUCUUGCUUCCUGAAAGAGCGCACAGGUUUCACCAUUCGCCCCGUUGCUGGAUAUCUAUCGCCCAGAGACUUCUUGGCAGGAUUAGCAUUCAGAGUUUUUCACUGCACUCAAUAUGUUAGACACAGCUCGGACCCUCUCUAUACACCAGAGCCUGAUACCUGCCAUGAGCUUCUAGGCCAUGUCCCUCUUCUGGCUGAACCCAGUUUUGCUCAGUUCUCCCAGGAAAUUGGUCUUGCAUCACUUGGGGCAUCAGAUGAGUCUGUCCAAAAACUGGCAACAUGCUACUUCUUCACUGUAGAGUUUGGCUUGUGCAAGCAAGAGGGACAGCUACGAGUUUAUGGGGCUGGCUUGCUCUCUUCAAUUAGUGAGCUCAAGCACUCACUCUCUGGCAGUGCCAAAGUCAAGCCUUUUGAUCCAAAGGUCACCUGCAAGCAAGAAUGCCUCAUUACAACUUUCCAGGAGGUUUACUUUGUUUCUGAAAGUUUUGAAGAAGCAAAGGAAAAGAUGAGAGAGUUUGCAAAAACCAUCAAGCGCCCAUUUGGCAUGAAGUACAAUCCAUAUACUCAAAGUGUGCAGAUCCUGAAAGACACGAAGAGCAUUGCCAGCGUGGUGAAUGAGCUACGUCAUGAGCUGGACGUUGUCAGCGAUGCCCUCAGCAAGAUGGGCAAGCAGCUGGAAGUUUAA